AUGGCUCCAGGUGUUACUGACAGUGGGGAUCAACCCCAAUCCAACAUCGGCGCUCAGUUCAAGCCUACCGUCUACAUCCUUGAUACCUGGAACGAAGAAGCGCUCGCCUACGCGAAGACCCUGUUCAAUGUCAUUCAACUUGGAGACAAGGGAUUCUCCGAGUGGCGUCAAAAUGCCUCAUACCUCCUGCUUCGAGGAUCAUACUUCACCGCAGAUGACGUUGCGAGUUGUCCCAAUUUGAUCGCCAUCGGCAAGCACGGCGUCGGAAUUGACAAGAUCAAUCAAGAUGCUUGUGCCAAGCGUGGAAUUAAGAUUUGCAACACACCUGGUGCAAAUGCACGCGAUGUUGCCGAGCUCGUCCUGGCCCUUACCAUGACGGUCGCCCGAGACAUCCGAUCCAUCACAACUCGCCAGAUGGCCAAGCCAGUUCCCAAGGAGACUUGCAAUGGUCUAACUCUCCACAAAAAAACUCUCGGUAUCAUUGGCAUGGGCAAUAUCGGUCGCACUGUUGCGGAGAUCUUCCGCGGAGCUUUCGAUGUCGAGGUCAUCGCUCACGAUGUCUUCAUGCCUGACAAUGCCUGGCCUCACAUCGAGCACAAGAGAGUCCAAGAUGUUCAGGAGGUUAUUAGGAACGCCGACAUUCUCUCCGUUCAUGUGCCUCUGACAAAUUCAACACGCGAUCUGAUUUCUUACAAUGAGAUUCAAUCAAUGAAGAAGAAUGCGAUCUUGAUCAACGCCGCACGAGGUGGCAUUGUCAACGAGGCCGAUUUGACCAAGGCUCUCGCCGAGGGUCAUCUUUGGGGAGCCGGAUUGGACUGUCACGAACAGGAGCCGCCAAAUGUGGAGAAGUAUGGACCGUUAUGGGAGAACUUGAACGUCGUCAGUACGCCUCAUAUCGGAGCCGCAACGAGGCAGGCACAAUCCGCAAGUGCAUUGGCUGCGGUUAUAAAUUUGUAUGAAUACAUCAUGACUCUUCGCAAGUGA